AUGCACGCUUUCAAGGUCCUCGGCUCGGUCGCCCUCUUCGCGCUUUCCGUUGUUGCCCAAGAAGCCGCCACUCCGGCCUCGGCUAUGCCCGUGGUGACCAUGAUGUGGGGCGACUCCAAGCCUACCGACGCUGCCCUCGCGGCGUCCGCUGAAUCUGCCAUGUCCUCUCAGAUGGCCACUGCCCAAGCCGAGAUGAGCAUGUCCGGCAGCAUGUCCGGCAGCAUGUCUAGCAUGUCCAUGUCAACCGCCACAACUAUGCCUAUGUCUGAGAUGUCUGGUAUGAGCAGCAUGAGCGGCAUGAGCAUGGAAACAGCUAGUGCCACCGGCAUGGUGAUGGGAAGUGCCCCGCGAGAGGGUGUUUGGGGAUCGGGCGUUGCGUUGGCGAUGAUGGGUGUCGGGGCUGCUUUGGUGGUGUAA